AUGGAGUACCACCCAAAGUACUACACAGAGACAAAGAACAAGGAUGAAUCUGAGAAGCAUCUCACGACAUGGAUGAAUCUGGAGGGCAUUAUGCUGAGCGCACACCCGGCAGCUAAGCUCACUUGCCGGACUGGCGGGGCGUCAGAAACACACAGCCAACGCGUGGCCCCUCCAGGCUCUCCGCCGCGCUCCAGGCACAGCCGCGCAGAGUCCCGCCCAGCUCCGUGCGCUCCCCGCAGGCGUCCGCGCCCGCCGCCCAGCCCGAGCGCCCCCAGCUGGUUGUCGACGCUCGCAGCCGCGACGAGGAUGGAGAUGCGCGGUGCAGGUCGUGUCCCGGCGCUGCUGCUCUGCCUCGGUUUCCAUCUUCUCCAAGCAGUUCUAAGCACAACUGUGAUCCCAUCAUGCAUCCCAGGAGAGUCUGACGAUAACUGCACAGCUUUAGUUCAGACAGAAGACAAUCCCCGGGUUGCUCAGGUAUCAAUAACAAAGUGUGGCUCCGACAUGAAUGGCUACUGUUUGCAUGGACACUGCAUCUUCCUGGUGAACAUGAAUGAGCAUUACUGCAGGUGUGAUGUGGGAUACACUGGUGUCCGAUGCGAACACUUCUUUUUAACCGUCCACCAACCCUUGAGCAAAGAAUAUGUGGCUUUGACUGUGAUUCUUACUAUUUUUUUUCUUGUCACGGUUGCAGGUUCCCUAUACUACUUCUGCAGAUGGUACAGAAAUAGAAAAAGUAAAGAACCAAAGAAAGAAUAUGAAAGGGUGACCUCUGGGGAUCCAACAUUGCCACAAGUCUGAAUGGUGCCAUCAAGCUUAUGGGCAGGGAUGCAUAGCAUGCCUGGUUCGUUUUAAUAUUCCUAUUUUAUUAAUAAUAUUUAUGUUGGGUCAUGUGUCAGGACAACACUGAUGUAUUUUUAAUAUACAUGGAAAUAUUUUUUUUAUUUUUCUUUUAUUUUUGACAGACUGUUAAUGUAUAACGCACACAAAAUAUUUAAUGUAGAAAGAAAAUUUAUAUUUUUGUAAGAAAUAAUUUCUUGGGCUAAAUACUUCAUUGAAGGCUUCAAAGAUUAUAUGCCUGCUUCACAGUGAUUCUUGCUCAGGAGUGAACGAUGCCCAAGUCAUUGCUCAGGAAUGUCAACAAAUGACAGAUUUCUGUACACCUAAAUAUAUAGCAAAAUCAAUUUAAUGUUUUUCCUACUCUUCGAAGCAAUGAUAAUUGAUUUGACUAUAUCAUGAUCGUGUAUUAGAAAAGUAAUGCAGUGGGAACUGGGGAGAAGCAAACACAGGUUACGUGCUGAGCAUUACACAUUUGAAACAAACCAAGCUAAGGAAUCAUGAAGAUAGCACAGAGCUAGGCAAUGUUUUGUUCUGUUAUACAUAAGGUUGCCAUCAGUUAAAGCCAACUUGAUGACAACUGACAACAGCGACAAGCUCCCUCCACUUCCAUCCUCAGCAAUAACUUAAAGCUUAUCUGCCUAGAGGGCAAGUGUGCAGUUCCCCAGCCAACUCAUAAAUCCUGUGGAUACUAGUCACCUAUGUAGCAGAUUCUAUUUAAGUAAAAUGAAUUGGAAAACUUAAUUUUAUAUUAUCUUCUAUGUAAAGAAACAAAACUAUUGCCGUCAAGUUGGUUCCAACUCAUGGUGACCUUGUGGGAUGGAGUAGAACUGCCCCACAGGAUUUUCAAGGAGUGGCUGGUGGAUUUAAACUGCCGACUAUUGGUUAGCAGCCAAACACUUAACCACUGUGCCACCAGAGCCCUUUAUGUAAAUAGUGGAUACUUUACAGCUUCACAAUGUUCUUGUUUUUUGUGUAGUACAUUUUGAAUUGAGAUGGCUGUCGCUCAUGAGAUAAUUAGAGAAAAUCCGUAAUUGAAACCACAUUUGGUACUUCUUUUUAGAGAACUUGUUUUCAUGGGAACUUUGCUGGAGAAUUCUAAGUCAUAGUCCGAAAUUUGAUGGACUGAUCAUAAUCAUUAUUUUUAAGUAUACUUAGGAUAAUAGUUCUAUAAUAUCUAGGGAUAGAAACCCAGUGCUUUCAUUUUCUAUACAGGAGUUUUAACUUAAAACCAACUCAGUAAAUUACUUUUUCUAGAAUUGAAAAUUCUAUAUUUAUGUCCUCAUGCAGGGAGUAAGAAAAAUAGGAAAAAAAAAAAGUCAUAGUGAAUUUUUUCCAAAUGAGCAAACUCAUUUGAAAACUUUUAUAAUGUAGAGACUUAACUAUACCUUUCUAUGAUAGCUGAGAUGAAACCAGGGCCCUUUUUUCCAUUGCUUAUAUUUUGGAAGAGAUUAAGGUUUCUUCUUUGCUCUGAGCCCAUAGGUCUCUGUGAAUUAAUAAGAGCACUUUGGGCAACUGCAAAAUGAGUCACGGCUGCCACCUCUCCUAAUUUCAUGCUAGGCUGCCUCAUUGAAUGCUAAAUUUUUGAGGAGAGUCUCUCUGGAUCACAUACCAGGUCAGGGAGGGCCUGUACUUCCUCCACCUUUUUUUCUGGCACGUGCUAGGGCAACAAAGAGAUAAUGAGUGAUGGCUGACUUCUGGAGUGCCAGGUGCCCAGACAUGCUUCCGUUUGUAUCCACGCUUGAUAUUCCCCGUGUGUUCACAUGACUCUCAUCCAAAGUACUGGGCCUGGCCCCUUACUAAUAGGGAAAGAAACUAUGUAUAUAUAUGUGUGUCUACACACACACACACACACACGUAUGUAUACACACACACACACACUCUACACAUACGUAUACCUCGAGCUCAGUGAAUCAUAGAACUACAAUCAUUUGUUACUCUAUAAACCUAUAUAUAAAAUAAAACUUAUAAACAAGAUCAAAUAAAGAUAAUACUAUAAAAAUCAAUGGGAUCUAAAAGGAUAUUUCUGUAUCCCAUGUAAUAAUAUAACUGAGGUCAAAUGUGUUGUGUAAGAACGUGUUUUAAAAGCUGCACAUGCUUACUGAACACCUAUUGUAUGUAAAGGAAGUCUUUCUAUUUUCAGUGAUCUUGACUGUUUCAAAGAAAAUGUAUUCACUGAGAGCUCUAUUGUAAUCUGUUUAUUUACAAAAUUGUUCAUCUGAAGCAUUUGAGUAUAUGUUACACAGUAAAUAAAGUAGUUUUGUCUGUUUUUGAUCUUAAGAAUCCUUAAACAACUACCCCCUGUAAGAGUUAACUCGUCAUUUAUAAAUGCAUGCUUAGUGCAUUCACAAUCAUAUUUAAUAUUUAUGCAGAUGCAUAUUUAAUAAUAAAAAGGUGUGACACAGAUUGCUUUUUAUGGGUAAAAAAAAAAAAUAAAAAUAGUUGUUUUAUUGAGGAUGAUGCUAAAGUAACAUAAAAAAUAAUUGCUACCAGCUCAUGUUUCCCACAGACAAGGGAAAGAUUUCUACUCACAUUUAAUCUUACAUUCCUUAUUGUACAGACUUCCCACUAUUUAUAUUUCUAGAAGGGGCUAGGUAUAUUUGAUAGGUUGAGAAUAAAAGCAAACUCAAGUGCAUAAUUUAUAAUUUCUCACCAAGACCACACAAAAACCCAGCCAACGCACUCUACAAUCAAGAACAUAAAGUUGUAUGAUUGAUACAAAAGGUUUAGCUUUAAAAUUCAGAUUCAUGUAAUAUAUUACACUUUUUUGAUAUAGAACUCAACUGUUCUCUUACCCAUUCUUUUGCUCUCGUCUCUCUGCCAAGAGUCAAAGCAAUGGGAGAAAUGAAUGUGGUGCUCUGGUAUGACUAUGUCCUAACACAGAGUUUUUAUUUUUUAGUCCUUGAGAAGAGAGCUAGCUAAAUUAAACUGUCACCAGGUAUCCAUUUUUCUGUAGCAAAUGUAUGAUGCUAGUGUCUAAUUCCUGUAGAAUUCACUAAUGCAGUUUUUAAGACUCAUCUGAUCCACUUUGUCAUUAUUGCCCCAAUGUCAUUCUGUAGGUUUUUGGGGAAAAAAUGUGUUUAAUUUGCUGCUCAUUUUUUUCUGAUAUUUUCUACUUUUAUUCAUAUGGGGGAACUGGGAGUUAUAACUUGUACAAACUAUGUUUCUGGAGUACAUUUUAAUGUUCUAGCUAAAGAAUAAUUUUGUCUAAAACAUCUGUUAUUCAAAUUGGAUGAUGUUAAAUGUAAGACAGUGUAUUUUUCUCUUGGCUUUUUUUUUUUUUCUUGCACUCUGUAAUUGCACUUUUUAAGUUUGAAGAGCCAUUUUGGUAUACAAUUUAUAUUAAAGAUGCUAUGGAACAUAAAGUCAUAUUGCAUGCAGUUUAAAGUAACUUAUUUGACUAUGAAUUUUAUGAGUACUGAAUUGUAUCAAUUUAUUUAUGUUCAAUAUCAGCUUUGAUAAUCGUGUACCUUAAGAUAUUGAAGGAGAAUAUACAUAAUUUUCAAACUAUUGUUAAUUUUUAUUUAUUUUUGUUGGGAACCGAAAAGACAUCAUAAUUGAAAAAUAAAAAUGCGGUAAGCAUCAUGCAUUAAAAAAUCUUUACUGAUAAGUACAGUUUCUUUCUUAAUUUUUUUUUUUUUCAUAAUACAUUCAAACAAUUAUAAGUGACAGGGUUGCUUUGUGUUUACAUAUAAACAUGUAAUGGUCUUAGUUUGGAAAAGCAUUAUAUAAAUGCAUCACACAUUAUUUUACGGCUUACCACAAUGAAUAGUUUUUUUUUUAAUAAAAGUCACAUUAUUUAUAACAUUCUAAAUGUUAGUGUUUUUUAAAAAGGUACAAAAGAACAAAUAUCCUACUGAAAAAUUGCUUUAGAAAGGACACAUCAGCCAGAAGCAUGUGUCUUGAUUCCUUCGGGACCUGCCAACCAACAGGCUUGGCUUCCCAGGCCUCCCAUUUGUAGCAGAAAGCUUUAGCCCCUCUGAACCUCUAUUACAGUAAUACCUUCCUUUGUACAUUGCUUCUACAACCUAUGCAGAAUUUUAUCCAUUUAUUAACUCCUUAGACCCUUUCAUUCCCUACGGAAAGGGCAGGUAGGCCUGCCUGUGAUCAUUUUACCGGGAGGCUAAGUUAUUUGCCCAGUAUCACACUGGUAGUAAAAGAUGGAGCUGGCAUGAAAAACUAGGUCUUCUGAUGCUCGAUUCCACUGCAGUGCUGCCCAUGUCAAAAACAUCUAGAACCAUUGUGAGGAGUUAGUCUGAGGUAGAGUUUUCUUGGAAGAAAUAGAAAUUCUUAUAUAGAUAAUAGAUACAUAACUCAUUGUCAUGGAGUUGAUUCCAACUUACAGUGAUCCUAUAGGACAGAGUAGCACUGCCUCAUAGGGUUUCCUAGACUAUAAUCUUUAUGGGAGUAGAUUGUCAGGUCUUCUCCAGAGUGUGGCUGGUGGGUUUGAAUCACCCACCUCUCAGUUAGCAGCUAAGUGCUUAACCACUGCACCACCAGGGCUCCUUAGAUAGAUACACAGGCAUUUAGAUAUUUUGAUAUCUCACAGAACCAUCAGACUGGCUCAGUUCGAAGUCUGAAAAUUCAGAGAGUUAAGCAAAAGAACUCCUAGAAACACUUUCUUCACUUGGCUUCCAGGAUACCACAGAUUACCACACUCACCUGGUUUUCCACCUAUUUCUCAGUCUCUUUUGCUAGUUCUUCCUCAGUAUCUCCCCAGCCCCCAUCACUAACUUUUAAAUGCUGAAUGCCCUAGAGUUCAGUCUCAGAACAUUUCUCUCUACAUUAAAAAAAAAAUCCAUUGCCAUGGAAUCAAUAGCGACCCUAUAGGAUAGAGUAGGACUGCUCCAUAGGGUUUCCAAGGAGCACCUGGUGAAUUCGAACUGCUGACCUUUUGGUUGGCAGCCAAACUCUUAUUUCAUACAAUUUCAUGUAUUUAAUUGCCAUCAAUACAUUGAUUACACCCAGUUUAGGUAUUUUCCCUGAGCUCCAAGCAUGUCUAUCCAAUGACUUUUCUAACAUCUCCACUUGGAUACAUAGUAGACAUCCAAAGGUAGCCAUGUUUGGUUUCUGAUUUUCCCCUAAAAAACGUUCCUCGUGCAAUGGUCCCCAUCUCAACUAAAUUUAACUCUAUCCUUCUAGCAUCUCAGGUCAAAAAUCUGGUGUCAUCCCCUUGGAGAUACUGAACAAUUCAAGUGAUUCCAGGGAGGAUUUACCCUGAAUGUUUUACCACAAUGGCAGAAUUGGUCACUUUAAAGAAAUUACGCCAAGAAGAAAAAUUCCAGGGAACUAGAGUUAGAUAGAAUACCACAAUUUUCAAAAGAAAAUUAUAGGCGUUAAGUUAGACUUUGAUCAAAUGUUCACAAAACAUUAUCAACAUAAGUGCUGUUCGCUAGGCUCCAACAUGGAUUCAUUAACAAGGAGACAUAAAAUAUUGGUCUCUUUUAAAUAUCCUGGCCGUUACCAGCUACUCAACAUGCAAAACCAAAAAUAGAUACUCCACUCCCUUUUUCUGAAAUUUGGAAACAUAUUUGGAAAAUGUCUUCCACAAGUUUCACGAGUCUGUAGUGCAACGUACCUACAUUUUAAUAAAACAAGCGUAAAUUAGGCUAUAUUUAAUACUGGUAUUGUGAAUGGAUCCAUUACAUAUUAAAUAAAUGGAGGCUGUAUGACUGGGUGAUCCAGAAACUGUAGCACCUUUGGGUAAAAAGUUGGACCUACUUAUUGGGCAGACAAGGGUUUUGCUUAAAAAAUAUUAUUAGUGGAAUGUUAACCUUUCUGGUCAGUCUAUUGGAAAGGAUACAUUGAUUUAUUAUUGCUAUUUUCUCAGUAUUAUCCCUGUUUUAGUUAUCUUGUGCUGCUAUAACAGAAAUACCACAAGUGGAUGGCUUUAACAAAAAGAAACAUUUCUUCACGGUAAAGUAGGCUAAAAGUCCAAAUUCAGGGUGUCAGCUCCAGAGGACAGCUUUCUCUCUGUCAGCUCUGGAGGAAGAUGCCUUGUCAUUACUCUUCCCCUGGUUAAGGAGCUUCUCAGUCGCAAGGACUCCGGGUCCAAAGGACGCGCUGUGCUUCUGGUGCUGCUUUCUUGGUGGUAUGAGGUCCCCAUCUCUCUGCUUGAUUCUCUUUCCUUUUUAUCUUUUGAGAGAUAAAAGGUAGUGCAGGCCACACCCCACGGAAACACCCUUUACAUUGGAUCAGGGAUGUGACCUGGGUAAGCGUGGUAUUACAAUCCCACCCUAACCCUCUUUAACAGAAAAUUACAAUCACAGAAUGGAGGACAAACACACAAUACUGGGAAUCAUGGUCUAACCAAGUUGACACAUAUUUUUGGGGGACACGAUUCAAUCCAUGACAGUCCCUUUUGGUAGUACAUGGCAGAGUUGGUACCAAAGAAAUAUAUGUCAUGGUUUUUGCCCUGAAGUUGCUUUUGAGAGCUUAUCACAUUCAGAAAAAAAAAUAUGUAAGUAGCAAAACUUUAUUAAUCA